AUGACACCUUACAAUCAAUAUCUUAAUGGUACAUUUGUCAAUUUUAUUUUUUUAUUUUUUGAAGUUAUAACAGUCGAUAAACUUUGGUCUGCUUUUGCAUUAGCAAUGUUGAUUAUAUUCUAUCAAAAAAUAAGAGAUGAACAUCCAUUGAAUAUUUUUCUUCUGGUUAUUUACUCUAUAUGGAUCGGUACAGCGAUUGGAAUUUCGGUUUUAAAACUAUGCGUCUACUUGAAAGUAACUGCCAUCGCAAUCACAUUGAUAUCUUUUAUUUGUUCCAUAUUAAUUGGAGCUGCAAUCCAAACACGAUUAGCUGAUCAUUUCCUGUUAAUUCUAACGUAUAUUGUGAUUCUUUCCAUUGCUUUUGUGGCAGCUGCGAUUGUAUUUUAUGUUUUAGGGCGUUGGGUUGCACUGAUCGCUCUCGAUGUAGGUGCUGACAUAUUACUAUUUCUUGUAACAAUCUGUUUCAGUCAAUUUACUGUGGGAAAAUCAGAAGUGCGGGUCUUCUUUCCACAUUGGACGUUGGCAGUAUUAGUACUGUAUACUCUCUUUUACAUCGAUUUAUCAAAUAAUUUAUAUUUGGUAGGCAUUGUAGAUUUCAUCAAUACCAUCAACGAGACGAAUAGCACGCCGUGUUGGUAGUUUUACUGUUUAUAAGGAGAUAAAUGUGAUCCUUUUGAAACUAAAUUUGUGUUCAAGUACAAAUGGAUUUGCAAUGAGAUUUCUCACUCAGACAUUUCCAAUCUGUUCGAUUUUAUUCCAUCUGUAAUAAAUUAUACGCUGAACAAAAUCAUUUCUGAGAAUUUUAUGUUUUUACACCAGCUACUGGUGAAUUAAUCAGUAGUAUAUAACAAUCACGUAAAAUAUUAAAC